AUGAUUAUAAUAUGUAUGGUCACCAGCCAUGAAGUCAUUGUAAAUUUGACAUCGGGGUUGAUUAGAGGAGAAAUAAUUGAAAUAAAUGGCCAGAAAGUACAAGCAUUUAAAGUGAGCUUUUUAAUUCGAGUAUUUUUAAAAGUUUUAGAUAUAAAGCAUUAAAGUGAUACGACUACAAUUAAUUGUGCAUUGAAUGUUUGUCGAAUUUUUAAAUUACAGUACAAGCAAAAUUAUUAAUUUGUAAUGAUGUAUACAUUGUUUAAAAUGUUGUAGAGUGUACCGUUUGCACAACCGCCAAUCGGAGAUUUAAGAUUUGCAGUACCGCAACCACAUGAAAAUUGGUACGAUAUAAAAAACACUACGCGCUAUUCUUCAGCUUGUAUGUCAAAUACAUCUCAAACAACAUCGCCACAAAAGAAUAUAAGUGAAGAUUGUUUGUACACUAAUAUCUGGGCUGACUUACGUUGUUUAGUACGUUAUUUAAAAGCAAUGGUGUUUUUAUCCACAAAUCAAAGCUAAUGAAAGAAUAUUAUGAAACUCUCAAUGCAUUCUUAAAAAAUACUAACAUUUGUCUAAAAAUUUACCACGUUAUGAAUUGCGUAAAAUUUUCAGAAUAAAAAGUGUCCAGUUGUCUAUUACAUACACGGUGGAGGAUUCUUUUACGAUUCAGCAAUAAUGUUUAAUGAAACAGAAAUAAUGCUAAAAUUUGGAUCACAAAAGUUGGUAUUUGUAGUAUCUGCAUUUCGUCUAGGUAUAUUUGGUGCACUAGAUCUUGGGGAAGAGUUGGAAGAAGCUCCAUAUAAUGUCAAUUUACUAGGUAAAAGUUUACAAUUUUUUGUCGUUUUAAAACUUAAUACUGUUUUUAAACCCAGAAAUACUUUUUUUAACAAUUUUUAAUACAACCAUUUAUUAUAAACUUUUAGACAUAAUUUUUGGAUUAAAAUGGGUAAAGAAUGAAAUUUGGAAAUUUGGCGGAGAUCCCCGUAGGGUAAGUUUGUAUGGAAAUAGCGGUGGUGCUACAGCUAUACAAUUAUUAAUGGUAUCACCCGCGAUAACAACAAACUUGUUUUUUCAAGUUUACAUUGGAAGCGGACUAGCGAGCUUGCAACCCCAUACUAACUUGAAACUAACCAAUGCUAUUGCUACUAAAGUUGGGGUAUGGUUACUAAAAUUACAGAAAUUAUUAUUUUAGACACAUAUAUCUUGGUACAGAAACGUAAUUAGGAUGGGAAAAAACCAAAUAUUCUUUUAUAAAACUUUUUAGAAUUUUUGUAGUAGCUUUUUUUAUUUUAUAUUAAGUUAUAGUGCAAAAACGCCACAACAUAUAAACAACGUUUAAAAUGUCUACAAAAUGUUCAUGCCGAAAAACUAAACAACGCUGCUAGAGAAACUGAACUUAUUGACUGGAGAGCAGUUGGGCCACAAUCAGAUGUCCAUACCCUUCCUGGCGGUAGCUUUAUGGAUUUAAUUGGUAAUUGGAAGGUACAGCUUAAACAUACAAUUUAUUUUAAUUUUUUGUAAAUAUUUACAACAAAUUUAAUAUAAAAAAUAGUUUUUUAUAUUAAAAUGUUAUAAUAGCAUUCAGGCAGUUCCGUUACUGAUAUCAACCACAGUCCACGAAAUGACAUGGAGUUAUCAUACAGCUGAAUAUUUGUGUAGUAUGUACAUAAAAAUGUUUGGUUACCGUUCUGAUGCAGUGAGAGAAGCAUGUACACAACGAUAUAAAAGUAAUAUUGCAUUGUUGUCUCCUGAAGCAAUGCACGCUAUGGCUUAUUUUCUGGCUAAACUAAACGCACUACGGCAAGUUUUAAGGCACUGUUAGAACGUAUAUAAGUGUUAAUGUAAAAAUAAAUUAACUUAAACGACACAUUUUAAAGUUUAUUUCAGCACGGCGCCUACCUAUUUCCUCGUGUGGGCCCAAAAAGAUCAUGACAAACAUUCUGAUGAGAUGUCUUACUUUUUUGGCCUUCACUAUAUACACAACAAGACUCAGGACGACGUCAAAGCAGAUCAUUAUUAUCCAUUCUUAUGUCGAAACUUCUUUUACGGCCGGAAACCGUUAGAUGGUAAGUUAAGCUAUAAUUUUAAUCACAGUGAGCUUCUGUAUGACGGAUGCUUGUGUAACAAACAAUUUUGAAAUUGUAUUUUAGAUUGGGAACCAUUAGAUUACAACGGUAGAAACUAUUACUACUUUAACUUUUCUGAUACCACUAAGCCGCAUAUGGUAAAGCGAGGCGUGUUUGAUACUAAAAGCAUACAAUUCUGGUUGUAUCACCUUAAAGAGAUUGAACAAAACUCUACGUUGAACUUUAUUAAAAAAGAACAAAUUGGCAACAAGAGUUAUCGAAAACUAAAGAACACAGAUACUAUAGAAAGAAUGAAAAUUCCAAAAGCUGGAAUUUAUAAAAGAAUGGUAAACGACUACGACUAUUCGGUGAGUUUUUAAUUUCGUCAUCUUAAGAUGAAAAAAAAACACAAAGAUUACGUCGGCAAAGCAGCAUGUUUUAUAAAUACUAAACUCACUAAAAACUACAGUAAUAAUUUAAUAAUUGUGACUUAAGUUGCAAACCUAGUUUUUAAUAUUUUAAAACAAAAAAAAGUUUAAAGCAUACACUAUUUGUAGAAAGUCGAACAAUCUACAACGAUCCCAUUGCUAACGGUACUAACCGUACUCAUAAUCGCUGCUUUUGUUUUGGCAACCGUGGCGUUUUCGUUGAGUGUGCUGCAAAUGUGUAUCGGAUGGGGACGAAAAGUCAAACCUCGAGUAGAAGAAGAAGAAAUGAAGGUUUUACGAAGGUAUUCGGAUGAAUAUCCACGAUACGUGUUUUGA